ACUGGGCACCGGGCAGCUUGGAUACUUUCACUCUUAAUUAGGUCAUGCUCGUGUGAGCAGGAAAGGGCUGAGUUUAUGGGAAGCUGCUAAUAUCGUGGCCAGCUAUCCCUUCCCGGGUGCCAUCUACGUUUCUGGGACUCGGGUAUUAUGAGGUGGAGGUGGAGGUGGAGCCGGAUGUCAGAGGUCCUGAAAUAGUCACCAUGGGGGAAAACGAUCCGCCUGCCGCCGAAGCCCCGUUCUCAUUCCGAUCGCUUUUUGGCCUUGAUGAUUUGAAAAUAAGUCCUGUUGCACCAGAUGCAGAUGCCGUUGCAGCACAGAUCCUGUCACUGCUGCCAUUGAAGUUUUUUCCAAUCAUCGUCAUUGGGAUCAUCGCACUGAUAUUAGCACUGGCCAUUGGUCUGGGCAUCCACUUCGACUGCUCGGGCAAGUACAGGUGCCGCUCAUCCUUUAAGUGUAUUGAGCUGACAGCUCGAUGUGAUGGAGUCUCAGAUUGCAAAGACGGGGAGGACGAGUACCGCUGUGUCCGGGUGAGCGGCCAGAAUGCCGUGCUCCAGGUGUUCACAGCUGCUUCGUGGAAGACCAUGUGCUCUGAUGACUGGAAGGGUCACUAUGCAAAUGUUGCCUGUGCCCAGCUGGGUUUCCCAAGCUAUGUAAGUUCAGAUAACCUCAGAGUGAGCUCGCUGGAGGAGCAGUUCCAGGAGGAGUUUGUGUCCAUCAAUCACCUCUUGCCAGAUGACAAGGUGACGGCGUUACACCACUCGGUGUUUGUGCGGGAGGGCUGUGCCUCUGGCCACGUGGUUACCUUGCAGUGCACAGCCUGCGGUCGUAGAAGGGGCUACAGUGCACGCAUCGUGGGUGGAAACAUGUCCUCGCUCUCACAGUGGCCCUGGCAGGCCAGCCUUCAGUUCCAGGGCUACCACCUGUGCGGGGGCUCUGUCAUCACGCCCCUGUGGAUUGUCACCGCUGCACACUGUGUUUACGACCUGUACCUCCCCAAGUCAUGGACCAUCCAGGUGGGUCUAGUUGUCCUGCUGGACAGUCCCGCCCCGUCCCACUUGGUGGAGAAGAUUGUCUACCACAGCAAGUACAAGCCAAAGAGGCUGGGCCAUGACAUCGCCCUCAUGAAGCUGGCUGGGCCGCUCACGUUCAACGAGAUGAUCCAGCCUGUGUGCCUGCCCAACUCUGAAGAGAACUUCCCCGAUGGAAAAGUGUGCUGGACAUCAGGAUGGGGGGCCACAGAGGAUGGAGCAGGCGACGCCUCCCCUGUCCUCAACCACGCGGCCGUCCCUUUGAUUUCCAACAAGAUCUGCAACCGCAGGGACGUGUAUGGCGGCAUCAUCUCCCCCUCCAUGCUCUGUGCGGGCUACCUGAAGGGCGGCGUGGACAGCUGCCAGGGGGACAGUGGGGGGCCCCUGGUAUGUCAAGAGAGGAGGCUGUGGAAGUUGGUGGGAGCAACCAGCUUUGGCAUUGGCUGUGCCGAGGUGAACAAGCCUGGGGUCUACACCCGCAUCACCUCCUUCCUGGACUGGAUCCAUGAGCAGAUGGAGAGGGACCUAAAAACCUGAAGAGGGACCCAAGUAGCCACCUGAGUUCCUACGGUGAUGAAGACAGCCUGGUCCUCCCCUGGAUCCCAUGUGGAAACUUGCACAUGAGCAAAUGCCCUCGGAGCUCUGCAUUCCAGCACCAGCAGCCGACCUGAAACAGGCACCCUUCGUCUGAUUCCAGCACAACCCUCCAGCUCCUUCCUUUUUGUUUUUCUGAAUUGGAGCCUCGAUCUGUCACCCAGGCUGGAGUGCAGUGGUGCAAUCUCUGCUCACUGCUGCCUCUGCCUCCGGGUUCAAGCGAUUCUUCUGCCUUAGCUUCCCAAGUAGAUGCGAUCACAGGCGUGUGCCAACAUGCCCAGCUAAUUUUUGUAUUUUUAGUAGAGACAGGGUUUCACCAUGUUGUCCAGGCUGGUCUCGAACUCCUGACCUCAAAUGAUCUGGCUCCCUCGCCUCUCACAGUGCUGGCUUACAGGUGUGAGCCGCUGCGCCUAGCCUCGAGGUCCUUUCUGAUCUUCGCUGAGAACAAAAGCAGCAGCAGCUCACACGUGUGGCCUUCCCCACCGUCCAUUUGGUUUUCUCUCUAGGGCUCCUGAAAAAUUCCUGACGAGAUAAGCAGUUAAGUGACUUCACGUGCAAAGUCUCCAACAGCCACUCAGUAAAGAUGCGCCCACCAGAACCGCCGCAGCAUGGUCACUGCAGGUGGAGCUGCCUGCGUGUUUUUACCCCUAGGACCAGAACCAAACCCACCCUUUCUACUUCCAAGACUCAUUUUCACACGUGGGGAACUUAAUCUGGGAAUGACUCAUUUAAGGCAUAUUUUCAUCACUUCUUUGUAGCAUUUGGUGCUUGAUGUGUUAUUGCCCCUUGAUUCCAAAGAACAUCUGUUUUCUUUCCUCA